CCGUCCAUACCUACCUGUUGAGGGCUCCCGGCCAUCUCAAACGUUGCCAGAGCGGGCAGUCGGUAUAGAGGAGCCGCUGGCGAUGGACCCAUUCAGCGCGCUUUCCAUCGCCACAGGCGUCAUCGCCUUUGUCGACUUCGGUGGGAAGUUGCUCUCACUGUGCGCGGAAAUCCAGAAAUCCGACCAGGGCCAGCCCGCAGCGCUGUCUGCUCUUGAGGCCGAGUCUCGGGAGCUGUCGGCGAAUGCAACCCACGCCAGAGAGAAGAUUGACAGCCUUCAGGAGCGUUACCCUCGGCAGGUCGAAUGCCUCGAUCGCCUAAAGACAGAAUGCGCAUUGGCCGAGAAGGAAUUGCAGCAUCUCAUCGAUGGGUUACCGGCCCGGAGUGGCCGGACCCAGGCUUUGAGGGCUGUCCACAUCUUAUUCAAGCAAGGCGAUUUCAAGAGGCUGGAAGACCGUUUGAAGAGCAUUCGCGACCAGACAAAUAUGAGCAUUACGAUGUGUGUCGUCGAACACUGCGGCAACAUACAAGGCACCCUUCAUUCCGUGAAGGAGGCAAUCGACAACCUUCAGCCAGACGAUCUUCAAGGGCUCAGCGGCACGUCCGAGAGAGACAGGAUGGAGAAGGCAUUGUGGACAUCGAUCGUUGCGGCAGAGAAAGCCAGUAUCCACGCAUCAUCAGGGCCAUCCAUCGAUCAAACCGAAGGGUCUCAUACACCCACCAGCGACAAUUCCAUCGAAAAGAGAAUCCUCGGGGGGCUCAGCUUCAACGAUGUGACAGCCCGAGAAGAUCAGAUCGGAACUCCGUUCCCGCACACCUUCCAGUGGCUACUUGGAAGCUACGAGGGUAGCGAGAGCGAUGAGAGUGGCCAUGGUGGCGGGCCCUCAUCGGCACGUCACCGGACAGGCUUCAAAGAAUGGUUGGAAUCCACGACCAACGAGACCCCCUACUGGAUCACCGGCAAGCCCGCGUCCGGAAAAAGCACCUUGAUGAAGUUCAUCUGCACAAACGCGCAAACAGAGAAACACCUUCGUCGGUGGGCUGGCGAGCUUGAGCUUGUGAUGUGCGGCAUAUACAUCUGGAACCCGGGGUCCUCUCAGCAAAAAAGCCAACUCGGCCUCCUGCUUACGAUGCUCUACAAGCUCCUCUUCCAGCGGCCGAACCUCUGCCGGCUUGCGGCAAAAAGUCACUACACGUACUUUCAGCUGGCCGGAGUAGGGGCUUCCAGCCCCCCGGACUGGACAAUUGACCUGGUCAAAAACGCUAUCGCCCGUUUCCUUGAUGCGGUUCGCGAUACCCAUCGGGUUGCGGCCUUUUUCGACGGGCUGGACGAGUACGAAGGGGAUCCAUCGGAACUGAUCGCGUUCCUAUUGCACCUCGGCCGCAACUACGGCAUGAAGCUCUGCUUUUCGAGUCGUCCGUUAAACGCCUUUAGGGACAAAUUCUUUGCGUAUCCGUCCCUUCGCAUGGAGCAGCUUACCAAACCCGACAUCGAGCAUUACGUUCACACGCGAAUGAAAGAAAGUCGUGCGAUUGAAGAGAUCCGGGAGGUCAACCCUCGCAGCAUUGGGGACCUCGAAUUUCAGAUUGUGGACAAGGCAGAGGGCGUAUUCCUUUGGGUGGCUCUCGUGGUUGGAAAGCUGGUCAUCACGGCCCAAGAUUUCAACAGUCUCCGCGCCAUUUGGGACGUGUUCGAAGCGCUACCCCCAGAACUUUCCGAGUACUACGAGGUGAUGCGCAAACGGCUCAGCGAGCCCCAUCGCAAAGAGGCAUCCAGAAUGUACCAGCUCCUGCUUCGCUGGAAGGAGGUAAUGGCCAGACACGCCAUCACCGGCUGGGUAUUCUGGGCCGCAAUCAACCAUGAAGAUCUCGAACAGCCCCCCCAGCCACCUUCCAGUGAGGAGAUAACAGGCAUCAUUCCCAUGCUGGAACGGCGGCUAGCAGGAUGUACAGGCGGCAUGCUACAGGUCACCCGCGGUCAGGGAAGACACAGUGUCGACUUUCUCCACCAGACCGUCUUCGAAUGGUUGCAGGACAUUCGGCCCCAAAUCAUCAGUGAUGGGCCAACAGGCUACGAGCCAGGCCUUGUCGUCGCUUCCGUUCUCGGUUCAUUGUCCCAACCUGACCAACCUGACCAACCUGACCAACCUGACCAACUUGACCAACCUGACCGGCUUUACCAACCUGACCGGCUCUACCAACCUGACCGCGCCUCGGGUCUCACAUGCCUCAUUGCCAGGGUUUACGAGUUCGCUCGAUCUUGCGAUAACUCGCCUGAAACCAGAGUCAAGCUACUCUUGGUCAUUGAUCGGCUCGAGGGCGGAAGCAUUCGGGACUUCAUCGGGGUCUGGCUUGGUCCGGGAAGGUAUGUGUACAGUUGUUCCAGCGGUCGCUCAGAUGCGGCUCUUCGAUGGUUCUUUGCGGCCGAGUUCUCCUGUCCCCAGUACCUGCGCGCCAGGCUUGAAAGGGGUUCACAUCCCAAAUGCCCGCGGUUCUACAGGAUGCUAUCGUCGUUCCACCAAACCAAAUACGAGACGGACAUAUUGAACAAAACGAUCAUUCAAGCCGCGCUGGGGAGUUAUCCUACCCGCAGGCAGGACGGCAGCUUAUCGAACGUGAGACGAAACUUGAGACUGAAAACUCUCGAGGUUCUCCUGGAAGCUCAGUUCGUGCCUCGUCGGUUUCUGGAGAAGAUAGUCAAACUCGAAAUCGAGAGACAUGAAUGGCCGAAAGCAUACAAGGAAGCUCUUUUGGCCCAGGUUCGUGGGAAAGGCCGAAUCGAACUCACUGAGGAGGAUGCUUCUGAACCCUGGGAGUAGGGUCGUGUUCAUUUUUAUUCUUUUGCAUUUAUUAUUUUUAUUUCCCUAUCCCCAUUAAACCAUUACCGUUCUAUGUGUUGUAACCCGCCGAGCCAGCCUCUACUGCGAGCGAUACAAAUCCGUGGUUAAAUCCUUCCGGUGCCCGUAGCAAGGUCCUGGCCUUGGGCCCUACUAUUAAAAAUAGAAGAAAUCAGGCAAAAAUUGG